AGCACAAAUCACAACCAAAACUCCAUCAUCAAAUAUAUUUGCUGAUCCAUAGCAAUGGCAGCUGUCUCGGUGCAUAUUGUCCUGGUCCACGGCGCAUGCCACGGUGCAUGGUGCUGGUACAAGCUCAAGCCGCUGCUCGAGGCGGCCGGCCACCGCGUCACGGCCCUCGACCUAGCCGCCUCGGGCAUAGACCGGAGAAGCCUCCAAGAGCUCCGCACCCUUGACGAGUACUCUCAGCCUCUGCUCGAGCUCAUGGCCGCGAUUCCGGCCACGGAGAAGGUGGUUCUGGUGGGCCAUAGUCUUGGUGGAAUGAAUAUUGCACUUGCAAUGGAAAUGUAUCCUCACAAAGUUGCUGUUGCUGUUUUUCUGGCUGCUUUCAUGCCUAAUCACACACAUGCUCCCUCCUAUGUUCUUGAUCAGUAUAACGAGAGAACUCCAGCAGAAGCUUGGCUAGACACUGAGUUUCUUCCAUAUGGCUCUCCUGAAGAAAAUCUUACCUCAAUGUUGUUUGGCCCAAAUUUCACAUCCUCCAAAUUGUACCAACUUUGUUCACCUGAGGACUUGGAGCUAGCAAAAAGUUUGCUAAGGCCAAGCUCUCUGUUUCUUGAAGAUUUAUCGAAGAGGAGUCGAUUCACAAAGGAAGCGUUUGGAUCGGUGAAGAGUGUCUUCGCAGUGUGUACGGAAGAUAAAGGAAUUCCACUAGAUUUUCAGCAGUGGCAAAUUGCAGAGAAUGGAGUAGAUGAAGUGAAGGUUUUAGAGAAUAUUGAUCACAUGGCUAUGCUAUCAAAGCCUCGUGAUGUUUGUCAAUGUUUACUGGAGAUAGCAAAAGUUUAUGCUUAAUAUUUUCAAUGUAAUACUUUUACAUGGAGUAUUUAAUUGCGUGCACUUGAUGAUAUUAUAAACAUUCUCUUUUCAUUAUUAA